AUGACGGCUCUAUCUGCUGCAGAACGGACGACCAAGCUGUACAGGACAGAAGGAUGUUCCCCUUUACUGUCCCAGCCGUCUGAAAACCCUGCAGAUGAAAUCCUGUACAGCUCAGUCGUCCUGAAAGUUAAGGGUGAAACAUCAAUCACUGAUGACCCCACCCAUCAUGUUUUCACUGUUACCAUGAGAAAGCUUAAGAUGAUGGACUCUGGAUAUUACUGGUGUGCUGUAGAGAUCCAGGGCGCUGGAGAUAAGGGAACAUGUCUGUACCUGACGGUCACUGCGGACACUCCUGGACUCUGGGUUGAGCAGCAGGAGGUGGCCGGUGUGGAAGGUGGCCAUGUCAGUGUGCCAUGUCACUAUAGUAAAUCAAGAAGCAUGAAGAAGUGGUGCAGGAUAAAGGGCUCCUGUGUGGAAGUGAAUUCUGGUGAAUCUGGAAGAUCAGAGAUGAAAGAUGACCGCUCUAAAAAGGUCUUCACUGUGACGGUGAGGGAGCUGAACAUGGAGGACACAGGCUGGUAUUGGUGUGCUGCUGGAGAACAGAUCCCUGUUCGCCUCACUGUCACUCAGAAAACUACAAUGACCACAGUCACCACACAUCUCACAAUCAUCCUGAUGGCACAAGGGAUGCUGUUGCUGGUGGCAGCUGUUGCCACAGUUACCUGGAAGCUGUGUAAAGACACACCGUCUGAAAACCCUGCAGAUGAGGUCCUGUACAGCUCAGUCGUCCUGAAAAAUCUACAGCAUAUGGCUCUCACUCUGAUACUCUUCCUCUCCAUCCUCUUCCUCACUGUGCUGCCAGAUGCUGACGGUGUGUACACAAUGAGUAAAGUAGCUGUGCAGAGAGGAAGAUCUGUCACCAUCCCAUGUCCCUAUGAUAGAGAAUAUUACUAUCACGUGAAAUACUGGUGCCGUAGGUCAGACAAGAAUAGUUGUGCGACUGUAGUGCGCACUGACUCUCCAACAGUUAAAGGUGAAACAUCAAUCACUGAUGACCCCACCCAUCAUGUCUUCACUGUUACCAUGAGAAAGCUUCAGAUGAUGGACUCUGGAUAUUACUGGUGUGCUGUAGAGAUCCAGCGCGCUGGAGAUAAGAGAGCAUAUCUGCACCUGUCAGUCACUGCAGACAUUCCUGGACUCUGGGUUGAGCAGCAGGAGGUGGCCGGUGUGGAAGGGGGCCAUGUCAGUGUGCCGUGUCACUAUAAUGAACCGAGCAGCAUGAAGAAGUGGUGCAGGAUAGAGGGCUCCUGUGUGGAAGUGAAUUCUGGUGAAUCUAUUAAAUAUGGAAGAUCAGAGAUGAAAGAUGACCGCUCUAAAAAGGUCUUCACUGUGACGGUGAGGGAGCUGAACAUGGAGGACACAGGCUGGUAUUGGUGUGCUGCUGGAGAACUACAGGUCCCUGUUCACCUCACGACAACCACAGUCACCACCCGGACUCUGUGGGUGCUACGUCACACCGGGCUUGUUUUGGUGUUCCUAAUAUGCACCGCCGUCGCCUUUUGGAAGAUCUGGCAAAACCGCAGAGUGAUGCAAUCAAGAGAGAAUAGAAGACACAGGACUUUACGCAACCAAAAUAAUGCCGAUGUCGUGUCUCUCUGAUGUCGUCACACGGGCAUCAGAAUCGUCCCAGCCCUAACGUCUUUUCCCAACGAUCAUUUUCAAGGACAGAAAAAAGUAAUUCUCUGGAUGUGAAAUGGUCUUAGUUUUGGAGGUAGUUAGCUAAAGAGUAUUAUGUUACUAGUCUAUGACAUUGUAUAUUUCUACGAUAAGUUUAACUGUUGCUCUGAUAAUAUACGAUUUUUUGGUGGUAAAAGAAAAUAAUAUUUUAAAUGUCCACGAUUUUGCACGUGGUUAGCUGGUUUGUAGGGACAUAGCUGGAUACUGUUAUGAGCUGAGAGCCAACGGUGGAAAAUAAGCUUUUGACCAUGGCGAUUCUCUUGGUGCAAUCGCUGCAUUUCGAAUGUUUGUAAGGUGGGGACGCCUGCAUCUACAACCUGCACAGAAUGGCUCCAAACACAGGAGGAAAAUGUAUUGUGAACAGAGGGUACUAACCAUAGAAAAUGAUCCUGUUCUGUUUGCUUAUUAGCACCUGUGAAACUUUUAGCAUGGGUAAAAACAUGCCCAGUCAAUUACUGGGAUUUUAAAGCAAUUCAGAAAUAUAAUUUAUACAAUAAUGCUCUAUAUUAUCUUCAUCUUAAUUUCAAACAAUAUGGUUAAUUGUUAUCAUUUGCCUUUGCUUUGUGUGAAAAAUACAAGGUCCUCUCAAAA